AUAUAUAUGAUAUUAGAUCGUUUUGUUGAUGAUAGUAAGAAUCCUCUCUUCCUAUUCUUGUUUUUCUUUUUAAUUUUUUUUCUUUUGGCUACCUUCAAACCAUUUGAAUGUUCGUUUUAUUUCCAUUUUCAGCAAAUUUGGCAGAAUAUUUCCAAGUAAGGGUGUUUGGUGGAUCACUGAAAUUUAGACAUAAAUUCAGGUUCUUGCCAGUUUAAGCACAAUUACUAGGAAAGCUAUUUCCAAAUGCUAAAUUUUGCCAGAGGAAGAAGCCAGACAAGGUCAACCAGAUCUAUGCCUUUUGCUGGCAUGGAAUACCAUGAUCCCAAAAGGAAGAGCAAUUUUGUAGGAAAAAUCCUUAUGGCUGCUGCCCUUACAGCCGUUUGCAUCAUCAUGCUCAAGCAAUCUCCCACAUUCGGUACUCCAAGUCAGUUCUCCCGACAUGAAGAAGGUGUAACUCAUGUUCUUGUAACUGGUGGUGCUGGCUAUAUUGGUUCACAUGCUGCUUUACGACUUUUGAAGGAGUCAUACCGUGUAACUAUUGUGGACAAUCUUUCACGUGGAAACAUAGGUGCCGUUAAGCUUCUACAAGAGUUAUUUCCAGAACCAGGAAGGCUUCAAUUCAUUUAUGCUGAUCUGGGGGAUGCGAAAGCUGUAAAUAAAAUAUUUUCAGAAAAUGCAUUUGAUGCUGUAAUACACUUUGCGGCUGUUGCAUAUGUUGGGGAGAGUACACUUGAUCCUCUCAAGUAUUAUCACAACAUUACUUCAAACACCUUGGUGGUGUUAGAGGCAAUGGCUGCUCACGGUGUUAACACUCUGAUAUACUCUAGUACAUGUGCUACAUAUGGGGAGCCUGAAAAGAUGCCAAUCACGGAAGAAACCCCACAGGUUCCAAUCAAUCCAUAUGGAAAAGCUAAGAAGAUGGCAGAAGAUAUCAUCUUGGAUUUCUCCAAGAAUUCAGACAUGGCAGUUAUGAUCCUAAGAUACUUCAAUGUGAUUGGGUCAGAUCCUGAAGGAAGAUUAGGUGAAGCUCCCAGACCUGAGUUGCGUGAGCAUGGACGAAUUUCAGGUGCUUGUUUUGAUGCAGCUCGUGGUAUUAUGCCUGGUCUAAAGGUCAAGGGAACAGACUAUAACACACAUGAUGGGACUUGCAUACGAGAUUAUAUCGAUGUUACUGACUUAGUCGAUGCUCAUGUUAAAGCUCUUCAAAAGGCACAACCCAGUAAAGUAGGAAUCUACAAUGUUGGCACUGGAAAAGGUAGAUCGGUAAAAGAGUUUGUAGAGGCCUGUAAGAAAGCAACAGGGGUAGAUAUAAAAGUUGAUUAUCUUCCCCGCCGACCUGGUGAUUACGCUGAAGUAUUUAGCGACCCAACUAAGAUCAGGCGUGAACUGAACUGGACAGCUCAACAUACCGAUCUCGAGGAGAGUUUAAAGACUGCAUGGAGAUGGCAAAAGGCGCACCGUGAUGGAUAUGGAGCCUCUUAGAUGAGGGUCUUUCAUGAUGUUCACAACAUUUUACAGCAAACAACUAAUGCAGAUCUCAGAUGGCGCCGACUUCAGCAGUGUUUCUUCUGUUCUAUCCGCUGCAUAGAAGAGGGGGGGGGGAUUUUUUGAGAUAAAAAUGAUUUCCCAUUGCUUUUACAUUAUUUGAUCAUAUGUAUUUGAAGCCAAUAGUGAUAGUUGAAUAACAUGAUGGCCAGGCUCAGGUAUAGCUUUUAUUAUUCA